AAAAUAAUAAAAUAAUAAAACAGAGUAACCUAAACACUGAAAACCAUCAUCAUCUAUCAUCACCGCAGCAAAGAAGCAAGGAGGCCAGGCCACUGUUCUAUUUUUCUCUUGUAUAUCAUCACUUUCGCUUCCAUUUUAAUCAGCCGUGUUUGUUUAUUCACACUCUCUCUACCCCUCUAUUCUCUCUUUUACACCUCAAACAAACACAACUUUUAAUCAAUUCCUUUUUUAUUUUAAUUUUUGUUAAUUUAACCCUAAUUUUGUACUGCUAUGCCCGAUAUAACGACUUCUACUCCCUCAUCGCCGAUUGCUUCUCAUCCGAAAAAGCCGCCGCCGGAGAUUCAGCCGAUGUCGGCGACGGGAGAGGCUGCCGCCGUCUCCGCCGCCGUGAAUGAGAGUUCUGAUUGUGGAGGUGACAAUGCUGGUGGUGUAUCUAAGAAGUCUGUGUGGAAAAGUGUAAACGGUGUCGUUGAGCCUGCUCCGGUUAUGGGAGGUUCUGCUUGGCCUACUAUUACUGAGUCGACUCGCGGUUCGCCUAAAUCGUCGUCGAGUUCCGCGAAAAAUUUGUCUGAUGCCUCGAGUUCGGUUGCGCAGGAACAAGUAACAACAAUACAUGCACCUCAGAAACAAGCUACUGCUAAUGGACACCUUAACUCCAAUCAUAAUCGCAACAAACAACCUUAUCGACAAAGGUCUAUGAAGAAAGGUGGCAGUACAGGGGCUGGAUCAGGUCAGAGUGGCGCCAUUCGCCCGCCCCCUCCGCCUCCACCACCUCCAUUUCCCAUACCUUUUGGUAAUCUAUUACCGCCUGGGAUAGAGAUGCCUCUUAGAGAGCCAGCUCCAUAUCUGAGCAAUAACCGAGAAGCAAGACCAGUCGGAGGUGUAGGGUCUCAUUCACCAAGAAAUCCUUCUAGACGGGGUAACUUUGGUUCUCGACCUGCCGGAGAUGGAGGAUAUAACAAUAGUUAUGGAGCCCGGCAUGACCAAGAUCGCGACAGAAAUGCUUCUCGAAAUCCCUCUGGAAGAGAUGUACAUAUGCAUCAUAUGGUUCCCCCUCCUCCACCACCUCCUCCUCCUCGAGGUUUGGCAAGACCAGUGUUGCCAGGACCUAUACCAUACAUUCCUCCCCGGCAUGUGCGACCAUUUGGGAAUCCCAUGCCUUUUGAUAUGGUCCCUCCUUAUCUAUAUGUUCCACCAAUGCCUCCUGACUCCUUCAGGACUGUUCCACUCGUUCUCCCGCCACCUCCACAUAUAUAUUUCCCUCUUAUUGAUCCAAAUUUGCGAACUUUGUUACUCAACCAGAUCGAUUACUAUUUCAGUGAAGGUAAUUUGGUUAAAGAUGACUUCUUAAGGUCAAACAUGGAUGAUCAGGGAUGGGUAUCUAUUAGUUUAAUAGCAAGUUUUCCUCGAGUUUCGAAAUUGACAAACGAUGUCCAAUUGAUUCUGGAUACUUUGGGAGCUUCAACUGUUGUGGAAGUACAGGGGGACAAGAUUAGGAGACGGGAGAAUUGGCAGAAGUGGAUCCCUUCAGUUAGUCAGAGUUUGCCAGACCUUGGUUCUCAAUCUCAACCUCAAAGCGAGUCAACUGACAUCAUGCUGGCAACUUCCAUUCAGGAGGUCCAUUUAGACAAGGAGACAACUAACAAGGUCAAUAGUACAGACACGAAGAUAGAGCAAUCGGAGACAGAAUCCAGUAUAGUUCCAUCUACGGACUCGAUGAUUACUCAAUCAGAACCUGCAAAGGGCGAAAAUCCAGCUGAACAAUCCGACUAGGGGUGUACCAAAGCAACAGGCAGCUAUUGAAAUUCCCAUAGAUUAAUUUUUGAGAAUUAUAAUAAUAAUUCUAUAGUGCUAAGUUCAGUCCAAAGUUUGAAAUUGAUUCGAAAUUCCUAUCUUGGUCUGAUUUUUUCUGGGAAACUAUUACAAAUUAUACAAUUUACCGUUUUAUGUGGAAAUUAAGAGUAGCCAGAUUUUGGUUUUUGUGGAUA